AUCACAGUGUGAGCUUCUUGAAAUGGCUGUUGGAAGCAGGAUUCAAUUCGGGGAAGAAGCAGAGCAUGGCACAAACCGCGCGGCGCGAUUUUGCGCGUGAGCGGAGUAGUCUCUGUCGGCAUCCUAGACAGUCAGAGCAGAGCCCUCAAAUUGGAGUUAUCACAGAGCGGCAACACCCAAUCAUUCACGCUGGGCUCUUCUCAAAUCCGCGGUGUCUUUUUCCAACUGUUCUCUCGUGAUUUUGUUGAAUUUGGACGGAUUAUUUUGCAAUUAUUGUAGUUCAUUCGACUUAAAACAAUCAAAGUAGUUUUCAGUAUUUUGUAUUCUCCCCUUGAUCUUGCAAACGCGGGUGUGCAGCAAGUUUACCGAACCUUCAAACUUGGUCCAUAUGAUUCGGAAGUAAAGCACGUGACGUUACCUGGGAUUGAGUGCACCUGGUAUAAAGUCAAUUACCAUGUUAGGAUCAUUUAUACGGAGGACGGAGUCGACUGGAGCAUGUAUUUCAUGUUGACCAAUAUGCGCUUUCAUAAUUGAUAUCGAAAUGUGGGGAAGUUCUCUGCCGAUGGACACAAACCGAACACAGCGGGCACUGGAGCGCACUGACACAUUUCACCGUGUUUAAUCAGCGGGUGAUGGAUACUCCUGGCUCAACCUGCCUUUUUUGGGGUUUCCUAAAUCUGCAGUUGUCUUUCAUGCAUACGAGUAACAGGGUUUCUGCUGAUGUAAGACUUGUUGUGGUGUGAUGAGAGAGAGAGAAGACCAGCCCUGCUCCUGGAUGGGUGAGGUCCCUGCCAACCCAGUCGGCUAGUGAAACACCCCCCCCACCCCACCCCUUUCCUCCCAACCAGGGUCCCCCAGAGGAGCAGCAGGGAUGUACCAGGAGGUGGCCUUCCUAGCGGGCAGCACGGAAAAAGAGUUCACGCCCUUCCACUUCCCCCUGGAGAACCAGCAGGAGGUGGUCACUAAGAAGGGUGUGUUCUUUAAACGGCAGCGACUGUUGCGGAGGCCCAAUGAGGCGCAGGAGGAGAACGACCUGUCAGCCGUUAUCAAUGUAGGCGGGAUCAGGUACCGUAUCCCUUGGUCCGUUCUGGAGGAGUUCCCUCUGACACGGCUGGGACGGCUGAGGAGCUGCAGCUCAUUGGACGAGAUCAUGGAGGUGUGUGAUGACUAUGACGACGGGCGCCAGGAGUUCUUCUUCGACCGCAGCCCAUCUGCGUUCCGCACCAUUGUGACGUUCCUGGCGGCAGGGCGACUCCGACUGCUGAGGGAGAUGUGUGCCCUGUCCUUCCAGGAGGAGCUUGUCUACUGGGGCCUGGAGGACACCAGGUUGGAGUGGUGCUGCCUCAGGAAGCUACGCAUAAGACAGGAGGAGCUCAAGGAGCAGCUUAGGAUGGAGGAGGAGGAAGCAGAGCUCACCACCACCCUGACCCCCCAGAGCUGUGAGGAUGGGCUUGGGCCCCCCGGGGCGGGGGGGGAGGAGGAGGAGGAGAGCCGCAUGGCGGGGUGUAUGCGCAGUCUCCAUGACAUGGUGGAGAACCCUCAAUCUGGACUUCCUGGGAAGAUCUUUGCCUUUCUGUCGGUGGUGUUUGUGGCCAUCACCGCUGUAACACUCUGCAUCAGUACCAUGCCUGACCUCAGGGAGGAGGAGGAGAGGGGUGAGUGUUCUCAGAGGUGCUACAAUAUCUUUGUCCUGGAGACGGUGUGUGUGGCCUGGUUCUCUCUGGAGUUCCUGCUGCGCUUCAUCCAGACGCCGAGCAAGUGUGUGUUCCUGAAGACGCCCCUCAACAUCAUCGACGUGGUGGCCAUCCUGCCCUACUACAUUACCCUGAUCGUAGACUCUCUGUCUGAGGGAGGGGAGAAGCCCAGCGGCGGGAACAACUACCUGGAGAAGGUCGGCCUGGUGCUGCGGGUACUCCGGGCCCUGAGGAUCUUCUACGUGAUGCGUCUGGCGCGCCACUCCCUGGGGCUGCAGACCUUAGGCCUGACGGUCCGACGCUGCACCCGUGAGUUCGGCCUGCUCCUCCUCUUCCUGUGUGUUGCCAUGGCACUUUUCUCCCCUCUGGUGUUCCUGGCGGAGAGCGAGAUGGGCGCCAAGUAUGACUUCACCAGCAUCCCUGGCACCUACUGGUGGGCGGUGAUCUCCAUGACAACGGUGGGGUACGGGGAUAUGGUGCCGCGGAGCAUCCCGGGUCAGGUGGUGGCGCUCAGCAGCAUCCUCAGUGGGAUCCUCCUGAUGGCGUUCCCCGUCACCUCCAUCUUCCACACGUUCUCUCGGUCCUACCUGGAGCUGAAGGAGGAGCAGAACAGAACACUGAGACAGAAACCAGACUUCCAGGACUCCACCAAGUCUCAGAACAGCGAGGACUCGGCCGAGACCGACAGUUAUCAUGGCAUCACUGAGGCCGCCGCCUCCGCAUUACGCAAGAAGUCCAUCGCCAUUGCGUCACAGAGGAGGGCCAUGCAGACUCAAGACUGAGUGUGUCUGCAAUGUGAGAGCCUGAGGUUGUGCAGUGCUCUACUAAAGCUAGAGGACUACUAAACAGGGAUUGGAUGUUUUUCUCGAGCUUAAGAAGAAAAGGAGCUCUGAUGUUUGUGAUCCUCAUAGCUGUCCAUCAGACUUCAAUAGAGUUUCUAAGAUUUUAUAAGACAGCUGCAAAAGUAUUUUUGCUGACAUUAUUGGUGAAGAGCUGACCGGAAGA